GCUUUUGCUCUGCGCAGGCGUUGGGGUUAGGGAGGGCGGUGGGCCAAGGGUUUGUUUUGGCAUACUUGUACUUUCGCUUUCGUUUCGAAAGUAAAAGUAUGCUUUCAGCAGCCCUGGCUAAAAAACAGGACAACGCCAGGACGAACAGGCACAGGCACGGGCACGGCCUCUGCUUCAGUCAGUUGCAAGCGAGCGGUCAAUAGCAGCGCACAGAACUCUUUGGCACUUGUUGUGUGGGCCCCGCCACAAGUCACAGCAAAAGCGCAGCAAAAGGGCGUUAAAGAAAAGGGAGGAGCAAAGAGCAUUCACAGCAAGUGCAAAAGUUGGCCAAAACAAACGCAACUCAAAUAGUUCCCACAACAAACGAACAGUUGGCCGACAAAUAAAACAAAUAGCUGCAAAUCAAACAGAAACUGAAACGGAAACAGCGACGGCAACAGAAGACGAAACCACCCUCAACCCAGUCACCUUGAAAAGGAUAUAUAUAGGCCAUGGCUCGGCGCAAGGACAAGCCGCGCCUUAUACCCGAGCAGGACAAGCGCAUCUGUCGCGCCAUUUGCCUGUGCCAGCUGACCAUGGUGAUGUCCUGUGUSUCCAUUGUCUACCUCAGUGUGGCCAUUUACUCGCCCUCGCUUAAAGCCUUCAAGUCGGGCUUUGAGCUGGAUCCGGUCAUGUGCCAAACAGUCGAUCGUCAAAUGCCCAACAAUUGCCCCUGGGCUUCGUGUGGCGAGUGGUGCUUAACACGCACCAGCGGCUUUUGUCCACAAAUACACUCGGUGGUGCGACGCAAUGGCACAGAUAUACAGCUCAACAAUUGCACCAGGGUGACCAAUACKUCAUGUGCUGCGAUUGACCUCAAUCGCUUGAACAAGUUCAACUGCAACAAUGGCACCGUCUGCAACAACAUUCGUGGCGUAUUCAAUUGCUCGAAUGGUCACUGCAAGAACAUGUCGGAGUUCUUUUUGUGCCACCACAAGCCCGAUGGGCCAGUCAUUAACUCUGCCAAGGACAAUACCAAGUUGAAUGGCUUCUUCGAGUGCCACGGCGUGCACUGCACGAAGAUCAAGCGACCCUUCAGCUGCGAUCGCUAUUGCUCCCGCAUAACCACAGCCAAUAUCAAUACGUUGAUCAUGCACGAGGACAAUGUAAUUGCUGCCGACUGUGAGAACGCGGUGGCCUUCAAUGAGGCACGCGGCAAGGAGCAUGGCGUACGCAUUGAACCCACCGAAUUCUGGAAGGAGGAGGACGGCAAUCUGUUGACCAAUUGUGCAACAGUUACUCGCGAGUCCGACAAUCGCAUAACCGCCACGGACUGCUUGAAUGGCACCUUGCUGGAUCAUGAGACCCUGCCGGCUCCCUAUAUGAAUUUUACCCAGUUCUGGGCCAUCUAUGACAACAGCACACGUGCCGUUGAUCCAGAGCAAAAGUUUCUGCCCAAUCAGGCGAAUCUAACCAUUUACAGCUGGAAGAAACUGUUCAUCAAUCUGGAGGGUUGCGUCAAUACACUCAAAGGGGAGUGCAAGGAUUUCGUGGCCCGCUAUGGCAACGACGGCGAUAAUAACACAGCUCAGUCACGCUAUCAAUGCUACUACAACAAGGAUUCAAAUGUUGAGUUUGUGGUCGCACGCUACGAUCUGGAUAAGGUCUAUCGUGAGCUGCUCGUCUCGCUGAUUGUGCCAAUCGUGCUCUUUGUAAUCUCAUCCAUAUCGCUGUGCGUGAUAACAAAGUCCGUCAAGGUGGGUGACGAUGCGAAGAUGCGUUGCGUUUGCGCUGGAGAGAACUCGGAUGAUGAUGGCUUUGGCAAUGCAGCCGCCAAUCAGCCGGAGCAAGUUUACGACACAGAUGACGAUGUGGUUGAAAUAGACCAACAACAAGUGGUUGAGGUGGAGGUGGUGCAGGUGGCUGAACAGCAGCAGUUGCCAUACGAUACACCCGAGAUGAUUGGCAGCACCAAAUCCUUGAUACCGCUAAGCCCAACUGCCGGCCCCACCGAACAGCAUUUCACCGAGGAUCAGGACGAAAAGGCGAGCAAAUGUGAUGUGCCCGAAAAGCCGCUAGUUAUACUCUAAAUACAUACAGUCCAAGUCUAUCUAUGUAUGUAGUCGAAGGUUAGCUAUAAAGUGAGCUCAGGAUAUAUACGACGUUGAAAAUCGAAACAAGAACAACAAACACUAUACGGAAGACACUCUACCAAAUCUUUAGGGACCUGCAAAAGUUUACUUCAAAUCAUUUUUUAUAUAUGUAUGUAGAUAUAUAAUCUGAUUUUUCUUAACAUUCACAUUACUUUUAUAGAAAAUACUGUUCAAUGUAAUUCUCAAGAGCUUUAUAACUAACCUCUUUAAAGUUAGGAUUAUCAACAACUAUAUACAUAUACCCAUCUAAUCCGCUUGGUUCAGUAGAUGUGCCUUGGAAUUUGCAAAAUCAGUUGCAUUUAGAACAAGAAUUUAUACAUAUAUAUAUAUACAUACACACACAUAUAUAUAAUCCAGGGAAUAUAUAGUAAUACAAGACCAACGACAAAACUCGACAAAAACUCGAUUCAUCAUUUAUCUGCUGAACCAUAUAACUAUAUAGAUAUAUAUACAUAAGAUCAUAGAUUCCUAAAUGGGAAAUGCCACCAAAAUGAUUUUUUUGGGCAAAUGCAUUUAUUUAGAGAAAAGAUGACAAAUCAAGUUUCCAGAACACUGAAAUCACAUAGUAGAUAUACAAAUAAGGGCAUAUAAUCUUCGGCCUUGAUCCUCAAAUUUUCAAUCAACAGUUAACGAUUUUCGAUUUAGUAGCUAUU